GCGGAUCCGCCUGAAUUCCAGAGGUCCGUGUCCCCUCCCCCUCCCCCCACGGACCACCUAUAAAGGUAACAACUAGCAGGCCGACUCCCGGCUGUUCGUUCCUCCCUCGUUGAUGGUUAGACUGUGCGAAAGAAAGAUGAAGUUCCUCGUGGCGGUUACGGUCAUUGUGGGGUCCCUGAUUUUUCUCGCUUUCCCCAACGGUUCGUCUGCUGACGAGAAGAAGAAAGGCCCCAAAGUGACGGCUAAGGUUUUCUUCGACAUCAAGAUCGGAGAGGAAGAAAUCGGAAGAGUCGUCAUUGGUGUGUUCGGGAAAACCGUUCCCAAAACCGUUGACAACUUUGUCGCCCUGGCAACGGGAGAGAAAGGAUUCGGUUACAAGGGCAGCAAAUUCCACCGAGUCAUCAAGCAGUUUAUGAUCCAGGGUGGAGACUUCACCAGAGGAGACGGCACCGGAGGUAAAAGCAUCUACGGGGACCGUUUCCCAGACGAGAACUUCAAGCUGAAGCACUACGGCCCUGGUUGGCUCAGCAUGGCCAACGCUGGGAAGGACACCAACGGCUCCCAGUUCUUCAUCACCACCGUUCAGACCCCGUGGCUCGACGGCAAGCACGUGGUCUUUGGAAAGAUUCUGGAGGGCAUGGAUGUGGUGUCGAAGAUCGAGAGCACGAAGACGGAUGGCCGAGACAAACCUCUUAAAGACGUCGUCAUCUACAGCUGUGGUAAAAUCGAGGUGGAGAAGCCGUUUGCCAUUGCCAAGGAGUAGAGCGGAGCUGUCCGGAGACCGAGGGGAGUCGGGCUGGGAGGGGGUGUUGGAGGAAUUGUGCGGGCCGCUUGGUUUUAUCGUUGACAGCCCUGAUUUCCAGGAUCAUUCACAAUAAGUGGCGGCCAUUUUAACCCACCGGAACAGAAUAAUUACGAUCAUGACGAUCUGGGUCCAUUCAGCGACGAGCAUUCCAAGGUGCAACUAACAGUUCAUUGUUGGGCUAUUUUGUAAGAAAAUGGAGUGAAAUUUGAAAUAAAUGUUUCAAGUUUUAUUA